CACUCAUCAUGCUCACAAGACAUGUAGCAAGGCUGGGGACACGCAUCUUACUCAGGGGAACGCGGACAUUCACAGACAAAAAUACAGCUACCCGGGAGGCCUGGUUGUUUGUCGACUCGGUAUUCCCAAUCCGUUUGGGCAUUUGGGACAUUCGUUAUUACAUUGGUAUUCUUCGCGAGGAAACACUCCUAGACAACUUAGAGACCCGGCUUUCUGCGGUCAAGACGCACGGCUUUAAGGUGCUCUCCCUCGAACCGUACCCUAAAGAUGGCGGCGUGUUCGUGCGAUUCAGCUACAUUGCUCGUGAAUCCGAAAGCGCCACCAUGGAUACUAUCGAAAGCGGCCUUAAGGAUGAGAUAGACAGACACGGUGGCAUGCCCUCCUGGCUAGGUCUCAGUCAAGGUAGUGUCUGGCUUGUAAAAGGACGACCCUGGCGUGAGGACAUGAAUAGGUACCCUUCCACCAUGGUCAAGGUAGCCUUCGAAGGGCCUGAUAUCCGCGAAGAGGCUUUAUACCACCUAUACCGCCCAUAUGGACGCAUAUAUAACAUUUCGCCGCCAACCCCAGUCCCUUCUGGCAUGCUCCGGUUCUCCCAGAUCGCCUUUCGACGCGUUCGCUCAGCUACCGUUGCCCGUAAUGUCACCCACGGGUUCCAGCUUUCAAAAGAAGGAACAGUCACCCGACUUCACGCGGCGUACGAGCGUCCUCUUCAAGCCCAUGCAAUUCGCGACUGGAUAACUGGCCAUCCAAGAAUAGUACUCCCCAUCUUAUUCUUCUUCCUAGGCACUCUAACCUAUACCAUCUUUGAUCCCAUUCGAACGCUAUUCGUCGAGGGGAAGAUGCUCAACCGUUUUGACAUCCGAGAGUACGACGUUUACAAAUGGCUGCGUAGACAAGCACGGGAUAGACUCGUUUUCAGCCAAGAUGACACGGACGAUAUCGGUUCUGACCAAGCUGUCUGGAAGGAACGCAGGGCUGCGGAGACAGCGUUGAGAAGUUAUCUUGCAGACCACCCGGCAACGGUGGCAUUCGUACACGGGCCUCAGGGAAGUGGCAAACGGCGCAUGGUUUCCACCGUAAUCCGUGACACUGGCCGGAAAGUUCUCGUCAUUGACUACGCAGAAUUACACAAAACACCCUCCGACAGUAGACUGGUGGCGGCUCUGGCGCAGCAAACCGGAUAUCGACCCAUCUUCACAUUCCUUAAUUCACUCAAUAAUUUGAUCGACAUUGCCACCAUGGGCGUAAUUGGACAGAAAGCCGGUCUCAGUAGUUCGCUUCAGGACCAGCUGAAGCAAGUCUUAGAAGUUGUUGGAACUGCGCUGCGAAGAGUUAGCCGUCACCUUCAGAACGAGGCUAAGCAAAGGAUUAAGGCUGAGCGGCAAGCUGAAGAUCGCAGAGAGUGCGAUCUUCGCGUCCGCGAGGCAAUCCGCCAAGGAGCAUGGCAUGAUCCUCGUUUAGAUGCUGUUGUUGGGAUUGGUGUCAUAUCCGAAUUAGGUUUCGGUGACGAGCCACUGAAUGGACUUGUAAUCUCGUCCAGCAAAAGCAAGGAUGCUGGAGCACUGGAGUUUGAGGAAAAGCGUAGAGCUGCGGAGGACGAACUCGCUAGGAAGGAAAGAAGUAUGAAAGAGACUCGUACUAUCGAUUCGCUUCCCGUCGUCGUCAUCAAGAACUACGCCGAACGUGGACGGACAGGUAGGCAAGAACUCCAGGAGGUGCUCAGCCAGUGGGCCGCCACUCUCGUUGAAAACCAGAUAGCACAUGUUGUUGUCAUCAGCGAGAAUCGCGAAAAUGAAAAACUUCUAGCAAGAGCUCUACCAUCCAAGCCACUGAAUUUCAUCGCUCUCUCCGACGCCGACGUUCAAAGUGCACUUUCAUUCGUGAAAAAGCGCUUGCGGGACACUGUCGUUACUUCUGAACUGACACCCGAACAGACUGCUUGCGUAGAACGUCUCGGCGGUCGCGCGAGUGACCUUGAGAGCUUGAUUCAUAAAGUCCACAGUGGUCAGAGCAUUGAGGAUGCCGUCGAGGACAUCAUCUCUCGAGCUGUUGGUGAGCUGCGCAAGAACGCCUUUGGUGAUGAUGCGGAGGAGGCGAAGAUGUUGCCCUGGUCCCGUGAGCAAGUGUGGACUGUUCUGAAGCAGCUGUCGCAGAAGCCGGAGUUACCUUACUAUCAAAUCCUGGUGGACUUCCCAUUCAAAGGAGACGAGACUCCGUUACGAGCUAUGGAAAAUGCUGAGCUCAUUUCCAUCGUUAUAAUGAAUGGUCGACCGUCUACUAUUCGCCCCGGAAGGCCGGUACUCACAUACGUUUUCCAGCAACUUGUUCAUGACCCAGUAUUCCGAGCGACCCAAGAUCUCGCAUUGAACCAAAUCCUAAUCUCAAGCGCGGAGAACAUGGUCAAGUCGUGGGAAAGCGAGCUCAAUACGCUCCAAGAGAUGGCUAUGCGGGAGUCGUGGACUCAGCGCUUGUGGAGGACAGGAAGGGCGUCUGCUGAGAGAGCGAGAUAUCUGUCCAAGAAGAUGUACGCCGCGCAGCAAAAGAUACAGACUUUGGAGAAGCAGAAUACGGAGCUGAGACGGGUGUUAGACAAGCAGCUGUAGUACAAGUAACGCAAAUAGCUCCUAUUCUAGAAAAUAAUUACAAACAAUCAUGUGACUCAGUUAGAGUCGAAGUGAAUUGCAUCAGGUUGAC